AUGACACGUACCGGAGAAUGUCUUCCCGUAUAUCAACACCGGGAGGAGAUUAUGCGGAAAAUAAAUGAAAAUCAACUUGUUGUAAUUUCUGGCGAAACAGGAUCGGGUAAAACUACACAGGUGCCACAAUUGAUUCUAGAGUACUGCUAUAAAUGGCAGGAAAAAUGUCGCAUCAUCCUCACACAGCCCCGAAGAAUUGCAGCAACGUCAAUUGCUAAGAGAAUCUCGGAAGAAUGGAAUGAGGUUCACGGUACUACAGUUGGACAUCAAAUUCGGUGCGAUAGCUGCUUUUCGAAAGAUACGAAUUUGGUAUUAACCACAAGCGGUUAUUUAUUACGUUGUAUGACCAGCUCAAAAGAUGCUUGUAAGGAAGUUACUCAUCUGAUUCUAGACGAGGUGCAUGAACGAGAACUGAAUACAGAUCUCUUGCUCAUCACCAUUAGAGACGCUAUUAAAGCUGACCCUGAUAUCAAAGUGAUCCUAAUGUCAGCUACGUUGGAUGCCGCCAAAUUCAGUCAUUAUUUUGAUGAUUGCCCGAUUAUUAAUGUACCUGGUCGUCUAUAUUACGUUGAAAUAUACCAACUAGCCUCAGUACUCAUCAAGACGAAUUUCCCAAUUGGGUUGAAUAAUAAUACACAAUGCAUUGGAUUGUCAACCUCAGCAAAAAACGAACUGGUACUAGAAGCAUACAUGAAGACCAUCGACCCCAAAAAGGAUAUGGAUCAUGCAUUAAUUACCCACGUGAUUGCCCACAUUCAUUCAACAGGCGAGGACGGAAACAUCUUGGUUUUCCUCGCUGGUUACCAAGAUAUUGUACAACAGGCGGAAAUUGAGGUUGGUGGUGGAAGUGAAGUUUUUAAUUCAAUGCCGAGAGGAGUUCGAAAAAUCAUAUUGAGUACAAACAUCGCGGAAACCUCAAUUACCAUUGAUGAUGUGCUUUACGUGAUCGACGUUGGAAAGGUCAAACAAAAAACCUACGAUAAAGUAAAUGAAUCCACCUGCCUGAUGACCAAAACCAUUUCCCAAGACUGUGGGAAACAGCGAGCUGGGCGAGCCGGCCGAAUUCGACAUGGGUAUUGCUACCGUUUAUAUUCUGAUGCUGAAUAUACCGCAAUGGAGCAGUAUUCCUUACCAGAAAUAUGCCGAAUUUCAAUGACAGAUGUCUGCCUGAAGUCAAAAAUGUUGGAUAGCAAUUUGCCGAUCGAAAGGUUUUUGUUGAAGGCAAUUCAGCCACCAUCAAAAACACAAAUUGAGCACGAUAUCAAUCGGCUUCAAAAUAUCAACGCACUGUGUUCAAACAGAAAUAUUACCACUUUGGGAUACCAGUUAGCGCAUAUGCCAGUGGAUUGUUUUCUUGGCAUAGCAAUUCUUCAUGCCAUCAUCUUUCGCUGCUUUCAACCAGUAUUGGUAAUAGUCAGCGCAUUAUCGCUGAAUGAUCCAUUUUUGUUACCAACAGACAAUUCGGUCUCAAUCGAUAAAAUCGGAAAAGAAUUCUCAGAGAAUUCUUUCAGCGACCAUCAAAUGUUUUAUAAUGUUUGGUUUGGAUGGUCUCAAUCAAGCAACAGACAACAAUUUUGUGCAGAAAAUUCGAUUUGCAAUUCCAAAAUGGAAAUGAUUGACGGCGUGCAGCAGAUCAUCAAGCGUCACCUGAAGAUGGCCCGAUUCGACGAAGAAAACGCCAAUGAAAACGCAAUGAAUUGGGCUCUAAUCAAAGCUUGCUUGAUGGCAGGACUCUACCCGAACGUGUGUCGAAUCGACAAAAAUUUGGUUGUCUCGAAACAGUCCAUUGUAAUACCCCAUCAAUCAUCCACACUAUCGAAACGAGUCAACGGACAACUAGGAACAGAUGAAGCCGUAUUCCAGAUGUCCAAAUGGCUUGUGUAUGGUGAAGAAUGUUGCAUUGAAAACCAUCAGUUUAUUCGGAAUAACACGUUGAUACCGAGUAUGAACCUGAUUCUGUUCACUGGUCAAACUAAUCUACAAUGCGAUGUAAGAAAUAACAUGGAUGAACAGGAACACGCGUUUUGCAGACUGAAUAUUGACAAUUGGGUCAUGUUUACCAUUGACAAGAAAUAUGCUCAACUUAUUGGUGAAUUACGUUCCAAAUUCGUAGCUAUUUUUUCAAAGUUUCUCCAGAAUCCGUGCGAGCAACGAACAACGGACGAAAUGAAAAUAUUGAAUGUUUUGAUAACGAUGGUCGAAGAAGACAGCAUCGAGGCGACCAUAAAAAGCAAAAAAACUAUGGCAUUGAACAUGAAUCUAUGA